UUCUUCUUCUCCUCCCUCUCUCGUUUACCCAGCUCCUGAAACAGGAGUAUACAAAAGAUGUGGGCAUAGAUGAGAUUUGAUAUCAGGAGAAGUUGAGAGAGAGAGAGAGGUUAGUUUGGAAAUGUUUACGCGGGAGAUAACAGCAAAGGACGUGAAAGCGACUGAGAAAAACAGGAUUCGAUACUCUUCCAAACACAUUAAGCAUCUUCCACCUGGAACCAUUACUGAAUUUGAAUGGAAGGAUUAUUGUCCCUUGGGUUUCAGACUUAUACAAGAACUUGAGGAUAUUAAUCAUGACGAAUACAUGAAGUCUAUCUGUAAUGAUGAGACAUUAAGGAAGCUUUCUUCUGGCAAAGUUGGUAACAUGUUUCUUCUCUCCAAAGAUGACCGUUUUCUCAUCAAGAUUCUCCGCAAAUCCGAAAUCAAGGUAAUACUAGAGAUGUUGCCUGGUUACUUCCGUCAUAUCCAUAAAUACAGGUCAACCUUGUUGUCCAAGAAUUAUGGAGCUCAUUCUGUCAAGCCUAUUGGAGGUGUUAAGACAUAUUUUGUCGUCAUGUCGAACAUACUACAGUCGGAUGUUUUUAUGAACAAGGUCUAUGAUCUAAAGGGUUCAUCACAAGGUCGGACUAAUAAGAAGAUCAAAGUGAGAGAUAAAACCAUUUUGAAGGAUAUAGACCUUGAUUUUUGUUUCUAUGUGGAUUCUUUGGCUAGACACCGCCUCAUCAAGCAAACGAAGCUAGAUUGUGAACUUUUGGAAGAUGAAGGCAUAAUGGAUUAUAGCUUAAUGCUUGGUUUACAAGUGAAAGGCUCGUGUCAUGGUUCAAUUGAUGAAUUAAGCCCGAUAUACGAUAGCUUCACAUCACGAGGCUCUGUUGACAGCAAUAGCUCUAAGUUUAUGAAGACAGCUUCAAACUCUCCAGAUAGAUCUUCUACAAUGUAUUCAUGCACGCCGAGCAGAAAUUCAGUUGAUAGUGAGAACUCAGUGGAUAAACAAUCAGUAGCAAGUAUAAGCACUAGUCCAGUACCAACCAGCGCUUCUGAUUCUCCACAUGGAAGCAUUGUUUCCAGAACAAGUCUCACCAACAUCUUCCAAAACAGCUCAAGCACAAACUUCGGUAUGAAGAUACCGGGACGAGCAAGACGGGUGGGGAGAGGAGAAUCAGGAAGUGUGGUGGGGAAACACAGCAGAGGAGGAGGAGAAGAAUGGUACGAUGUGAUAUUGUAUCUUGGGAUCAUAGACAUUUUCCAAGACUAUGGUGUGAGAAAACGCAUUGAACAUUGUUACAAGUCAAUUCAACACAGCUCUAAGACGAUCUCAGCCGUCCAUCCCAAGAUGUACUCUUCUCGUUUUCAAGACUUUGUCUCUCAGAUCUUCUUACCAGACGAAGAUCCUUCUCGCUGAUACUAACUUCCAUGUCUUAACAACUAUACUCAAUUAUAUUCACCGGAGCCAACUUCACACACAAUAAAGGGACGUGCCACGU